AUGACGAUCCAGCAUCCCGCCGAGAUUGUGCACCUUGCCUCGUCGCUCCUCGCCGAGGUCGGGAGGCACUCGACGGUAGACAUCGACAAUAAUCAAGCCUCGGUGGGGCUGCAACACAACCUUGCACGCCGUCGCAUGCACGAGCUCGUAAAAGAGGAGGGCAAGCAGGGAGUUGAGGCGCAGCAGCAGGUGCUCAGCGAGCUCGAGUCGCUCUUCACCGACAUGACGUCGAACCAGAUCAUCGUCGCUGGUACAUUCAAGGAGCUCGCCGCGAGCGAACCCGGUCAGGCUCAGAAGCUGCUGCAGACGUGCGUUUCCACCACCAAGCAGAUCAUCGCGGGCACGUACGAUGGUCAGCAGCUCGACAGCGCCAUGCUCGACCGUCUCUCGGUCGGCGCUGGUGGCUUGACCGCCUCCGAGAGCGAAGAAGAGCGACUGCAGCAACUGGCUUCGGAUGUGCUCACUGUGCACUUUGGCCUGCUCAUGCUGCCAAACUUGGUGGCCACGGGCAAUCUGCAUGCGCAGACCAUGACGUCCAAGGCGUACGACCUGCAAGCUACGGUGCGACAUGCGCGACGAUUCGUAGCGCUGUACGAGCUCAUGUCGGGUGGCAAGGUGGACAGCGAACGCGUGUGCAUCAAGAUCCCCACCACGGUGCCGGGGCUGCAGGCCAUGCGCUACCUGUCCUCGGGCGGCAAGCUGGACGAGUUUGGCGUCGGCGGACCGCUGCCGGAGGGACGCAUCCAGGUGCUGGCCACCACGAUCUUUGCUGUGGAGCAGGGUCUGGCGGCAGCCCAGGCGGCGGGAGCACUGUACACCGCGCCGUACAUCAACGCGCUGGCGGCACACUUCUUUGGCGCCGAGAAUCCGUCUGCAGAGAAGCGUGCCGAGGCGAUCGAUACGGGCAGCCGUUCGGUGGACGAAACCAUCGUUCCGCUCCAGCGAUGUCUGCUGCGGCUGCGAGCUGACCAUGCCGACAUCAAGACUCAGGUGAUGGCCGCGUCGUUCCUCAGCAUCGAUGAGGCAGUCGCGCUGUGCGGGCUCGACCACAUGACGCUCGGUGCCGGCAUCCUCGAGGGCCUGGCCAAGACCGAGGUGACUGCCGCAUACGCAGCUGCAACGCAGCAGGCGCGCAGCAUGUUCGUCGCUGCGCCCGACGCCGAGCUCGAGCAGUACGGAGCGGUGCUCGCCGCCCAAGAGGCGGGCCAGCUCGGAUGCGGUGGCUGGCUGCACCCGGACUCGCGCUCACUCGCGCGUCUCAAUGCCGCGCUCACCGAGGACGACAGGUGCCGCUUCAUGCUCGCCGACGCCCUCGCACGCUUCACCACCUCCGAGAUCGAGUUGCGCAACCUCUUCUAG